AUGCCCAUUGAAUUCACCGUAUUCAAAGGUUCCCCAGACGGAGCGAUUCGACAGGAGGUCACACGACGAGACGACCUCAGGCACGACGAUGUGUUCAUCCGAAUCACCCACUCCGGUGUUUGCUUUACCGAUGUCCACUUCCGGAAUACCGACAUGGCCCUUGGGCACGAAGGAACGGGUGUUGUGGAAGCGACUGGUCCCGAUGCCAAGAUCUUGAAGAAGGGCGAUCGCGUGGGCUGGGGUUAUCUGCACGAUUGCUGCGGUCACUGUCGUCAGUGUCUGACGGGCUGGGAGACUCUGUGUGCCGAGCGCAAGAUGUACGCCACGGCCGAUCUGAAUCAGGGCUCCUUCGGCUCGCACGCCGUGUGGCGCGAGGCAUUCCUUUUCAAGAUUCCCGAAAAUAUAAGCAAUGAAGACGCAGGUCCCCUGAUGUGCGGUGGAUCGACUGUUUUCAAUGCACUCCACGUCGCUCAGGUUCGUCCGACCGCUCGUGUCGGAGUCGUCGGAGUCGGCGGUUUGGGCCAUCUGGCCAUCCAAUUUGCUGCGAAGAUGGGUUGCCAGGUCGUCGUAUUCUCUGGGACGGAUAGCAAGAAGGACGAAGCUAUGAAACUAGGCGCUAUCGAGUUCCAUGCAACCAAAGGUGUGAAGGAGUUGAAGCUGGGGAAGCCCAUCGACAACCUCCUCGUGACCACUAGUAGCCAGCCAGACUGGCAGCAGUAUCUCAACAUCAUGGCUCCAGGUGGCGUCAUCUCGCCCCUCUCCAUUGAUGAGAAUGAUCUCAAGGUUCCGUACUUGCCGUUGCUACAGAAUGGCCUCAGAGUGCAAGGAGGAAUCGUAUCUGCGAGACAGGUGCAUCGCGACAUGCUCGAGUUUGCGGCCGUUCAUAACAUCAAGCCGGUGAAGAUGACGUUCCCGAUGACGCUGGAAGGAGUGAAGGAAAGUUUGAAGACCCUGGAAGAUGGCAAGAUGCGGUACCGUGGCGUUCUCGUUGCUGGAAAAUAG